AUGAGAAACUUGAUUGGAAAUUUCUUGGAGAGUAAUACAACAAAUCAAAGCUCAUUGGCUUGUCUCCAACGAAGCUUUCCAUGUCACAAAGGAAAACCAAAGAUUUCUUCCUUGGCCAUUAAUUGUGGAGGUCCGGAGUUGAUUGAUUCUUCAACAAGAGUCACUUUUGAGAGAGAUAAUGAAGCACUAAGUUCAGCGUCAUUCUACAUGAAUUCUGCAGAGAGCUGGGGAGUUAGUUCGGUAGGAUUUUUUGUAAAUGACUCAACUGAUCAAUAUAACUACAAAGCAAAUGCCAAUCAGAACUCAUCAAUAUAUCAAACAGCACGUCUUUCUCCCAUUUCCCUAAGAUACUACGGACUAGGUCUUGAGAAUGGCAUAUACAAUGUAGAACUCCACUUUGAUGAAAUCCAGAUUCCAAGUUUGCAAAACUGGCGAAGUCUUGGAUUGCGUUUCUUUGAUGUCUUUGUACAGGGAACUAGAAAGUUACGAGAUUUCAAUAUCAAGGAGGCCGCUGGAGGCUCAAAUGUACCAUAUACAAGGACUUAUAAUGUCAGUGUGACUGAAAACAUCCUUGAUGUGCAUCUUUUUUGGGCUGGGAAGGGAACUGCUGGCAUUCCAGCGGACGAUACGCGUGGACCUUUAGUGUCAGCCAUUAGGGUUACUCCUGAGUUCAAGGCAACUAUUGGCAUUGAAAGUUCCAGCAAUCAUAGCCGAACAAGAACCAUUGGAAUUAUUAUUGGAGUUAUUAUUGGGGUUGGCUUUCUACUAUGCUUACUCUUGGUGGUUUUAAGAAACAAGAGAAGGAAAAGAAAGUUUUCUUCAGCCGAUGCUAGCGAAGAUUUGAAGAAAAUGGCUGGAAAAGCUCAUCUUUUCAGUUUAACAGAACUAAAAAUAGCUACAAAAGAUUUUGAUAUUGAAAAUAAGAUAGGAGAGGGCGGGUUUGGGGCAGUUUACAAGGGAGUGUUGCAAGAUGGAAAUCUUGUGGCAGUAAAGAAGCUGUCUUCCACGUCUGGUCAAGGAAAACGGGAAUUUCUAAAUGAGGUGGCCACAAUAUCUGCUGUGCAACACCGAAAUCUCGUCAAACUCUAUGGGUGUUGUAUUGAAGAUGACGAGCGACUCUUGGUCUAUGAAUAUUUGCCCAACAACAGUCUGGGGCGAGCUUUAUUUGGUUCUAAUCGAUCUAAGCUAAGCCUUGAUUGGCCUCUACGCUUUAACAUUUGCCUUGAAGUUGCACGUGGGUUGGCAUAUCUUCAUGAAGAAUCGAGAAUUAAAAUUAUACAUCGAGACAUCAAACCAAAUAAUAUCCUUCUAGAUGAAUAUCUAAAUCCAAAAAUAGCUGAUUUUGGAUUGGCGAGGCUCUGUGAUGCUGCGAAAAGUCACAUCAGUACCAGAGUGGCAGGAACAAUCGGAUAUCUAGCUCCAGAGUAUGCUUUUCGUGGGCAUCUCACGGAGAAAGCUGACGUUUUUAGCUUUGGAGUAGUUGCUCUCGAAGUUGCUAGCAACAGAAGUCAUGAAGACAGGAACUUGCCAGAUGAGAUGAUCUAUCUUCUUGAUUUGGCCUGGCAAUUGUACGAGGAGGGGAGACUUCUAGAUUUGGUCGAUACCAGCAUUCUUUCCAGCUGCUCUAGUGGAGAAGAAGUUGUGAGAGUGAUUCACGUGGCUCUUUUAUGUACACAGGCAGCACCCACGCAACGACCUUCCAUGUCACAGGUUGUUGCUAUGCUAGGAGGGGCAAUGGAAAUUAAUCUACCACAAUGCCGCCCUGGAUAUAUCAAAGACUGGCAGCUUACUAGCACUCCAACCAGGGGAGAUGGCAAAACGUGGACAUGGAGCAUGAGCCUGACAAUGGGGGAUAGAUCAGACAACUUGUAGCUAAAUAAAAUUCAAGAACCUUUAUCUGCAUCUCUGGAGUUGACUUUGGAAUAGCUUUCUGAAGUUUAAAAGUUUGAUAUUCUGUUGCUUGGUAGCCAUGUUAUAGUUAGUCCAGGCAAACUAAGAACCUGUUCCAUGCUAUGGUAUGAUAAUAUUAUUUUAGAGAUGACUCCCACA